AUGACUGUAGAAUAUAUUACUCUUCAAAACUCUGGUGACAAGAUGCCUCUCAUUGGUUUUGGCUGCUGGAAAGUUGACCCCAAGGAUGCUCCUGAGACAAUCUUCAAUGCCAUCAAGGUUGGAUACAGAUUGAUUGAUAGCGCUAGUAAUUACAAGAACGAAGUUGCUAUCGGAAAAGGUAUCAACAUGGCUAUAAACGAUGGCUUACUGAAGCGCGAAGAUAUUUUUGUAACCACAAAGCUCUGGAGUACCUACCAUAAGAAGGAGCAUGUUUGUCUUGCCCUUGAACAACAACUGAAGCAACUUGGGCUGGAUUAUGUUGACAUGUUUCUUGUACAUUUUCCCCUUCCUCUCAAGUAUGUACCUAUCGAACAGAAAUACCCUCCUGGAUGGUAUCAACCUGGAGAUGACAAGGAUUGA